UUGUGUUUUGAGGCUCGGUCAUAAUAAAUCAGCUGUAAGUUAGGUACUUUGGAAAGGUUGGAAUGAGGUGUGGUAAAUAAAUACGUGUAUUGCAUAUUUUAUUCUUUUGGAUUAACAUUUAACUGUUAACUUUGAAGUUUGAAAAAUCGUUCGGCAAUAUGCACUAGUGAUGUCACCGUGAACAAAUAACCGAUAAGCGUGAAAGUAACUGAAUUACCUUCGUACGGCCUACGUGACAUUCAGACUCUUUGUCUCCAUUCUUCUAUUAGUGUUCCCUUGAACACGCUUGAACAGGUCUAAUAGCAAUGCUUAUUACAUGCAAAUGUCUAAACGUAUCAAUAAAUACCAAGAACUCUGACAUUCAGAGUGUUGACGUUUCAAAUCUUGGUCUAUCAUCUACAGAAUUGAGCGACAGUUUUUUCCAGGAGGAUAUUUUCACUGUGGAUCUGGGGAGAAUAUCGAAAGAACAGUCAAGCCUUGUUCAAGUACGAAAUGUGGAAAACUGGAUCAUUCACCGUUGCCUGAAUUGCUCAACAAAUACACAUGCUAUUCACCGAGAGAAAGGCGCUGCAUGCGUGUUGGUCAGUCAGUCGUUGCUGGCAAAUCCAGCAGAUGUUUCGGCACUUAAAAAUAGUGACAGGUAUUCAGUCGUGUUCCGAAUUCUUUUAAGUGACACAGAGAAUGAUGUUUCAUCUACCCAGGCCCCAACAAAAUUAUCAGCAUCACAACUGCCAGGCCCUGUUCAGGCAGCAUUAUCAGCUCUUCAACAACAACUUGUAGAAGCAAUUCAGCAGGAAACAUCAAGGACUGAGGAGAGGGUGCGUGCUUACUCAGAGCAGCAGUAUGCUGCCCUGGAAGAGUUCAGGGAGCAUGCACACAGGGACCACCGCAUACUGGCUAGGUUACUAUGUGAAACACAAGAGAGCUUGUCACCAGCAUCACUUGAAGCUCUGGGCAUUCCACCAUCUCUGGCAGACAACAGGAACAGUCUUGCAUCACCUGGCACACCAACACAGUGGUCAUCACAGUCUGCACCACUAUCUCAUCUCCCUCCCAGUGUGUUCCCUGUAACUGACUUGAGCCUGAAAAAUGCCACAAACCUAAGACAGCAGGCUCCUACAGGAAAACAGCCUUCAUCAUUGACUGAUUCACGACAAGCAAAUCGCCCAAGCCCCCUUUCCGCUAAUGUGGGAGGAAAUAAGACUGAAAGACGGCUUCCAGUGCAUCCGUAUGGACAGCUCCUGCCGUCACAUAGCAAUAACACCAACUCUCUUGAUACUGAGGGUCUGUUUGUUCUGGAAGGAAUGGAUGAAGUUCCUGCAGAGUCGCUACACUCGGAGGAAGAGAGUGACACGGAUGGUUCUGGUAGUCACGAUGAGGGGAUUCAUAUCCCGAAAGCAAGAGGGAUAUACAGUAACCUGGCAAAAUCAUUGCCAGUAAAUGUACCUGCUUUUCUCCCUCCAAAUAAACGGGAUGGUGAUGAGAGAGAAGAUGAAAGGCUUCCCCAAGACCCAGCGGACAUUGCAGCAUCCAUCAAGGCCCUUGCUAAAAGUGUUCAUGGUGAUGCAGAUGUGUUCGGUGAUCUUCCUCGUCCUCGUUUCAGCACCCAGAUCUGACUUCAAAGGAUAUUUUCAGGGAGGAAGAGAAAUUUACAAGGAGAGAAAGAUUCAGUAACAUGAUGGAAGUGAACAGAAAAUGCUGAACACUGAGCACAUACAGUGUUUGAAGGAAACAAAAUGCCUAAUUUAUCAUAAUGCAAAACAUUGUAUAGAAAUCUUUCCCAAAACUACUUCACAAUACAGAACAGGUUUCAGAAGUGCUUUCUAAUAUUUGUUCAGGGUUUUCUGUCCAUGUUGUACCAUGUUUCUAGCCGGUGUGUUCAAUUUAUGUUCAUUGUGUUAUGUUAGAAAAUGUUUGCUCUCUUGUGCUGUAGAUUGUGAAAAUAUCUAUUCAGAGUAAUGAGGGAAAAACAAAAGUGAAACGAAUAAUAAUUUCCCAUGAAAAGGAAAUGUGUUAUGGGUUGUGAACUACAAUACAGCCAUCUGUGUUUAAUCUCAUCCUUUCUGUCUUGUAUUGUAUUCCUUUGGAAUAGGUACAGUUUGUUGUAGAAUGUUACGUGAAAGAAUUCUGUUGGUUUUUAUAAAGAUUAAGAAUUACUUUAUGUAAUCUGGUGAAUAUGAUUGAAAAAUUUGACCUAUCAGUCAGAUUACAAAAUGUAAAAAAUAAGGGGGGGAAUACUUAAAAGGCUGAGUCAUUUUUUAUUGUUCUAGAAUAAUGUGUCUGCUCACAAAAGAAAUAUAUUGUUGUAUGAGAGACUUCAAUAAAGAUUUGCUGACUCAACUGUA